AUGGCGGAUUCAGGGUCGGUGGACAACCCUUCUCCACCCAGAGUGGAUGGGAAUUUCAUUGAAGGGCUUUUGUCUGACAAAAAGAGGGUUGGAUACAUUUCUAUACUCUUCUAUGCUUCCUGGCGUCCUUUUUCACAUAGAAUCGUUCCUGAAUUUGAGAUUCUUAGUUCCAUGUUUCCUCAUGUAGAACAUGUGGCACUUGAACAAUCCUCAGCUUUACCAAGCUUAUAUUCAAAAUAUGCAAUUCAUAGUUUGCCUGCUAUCUUAUUGGUGAACCAGUCAUCAAGGCUGAGAUAUCAUGGUCCCAACAAUCUUAACGCCCUUGUAGAAUUUUAUGAGAGUGACACAGGAUUUGAAGCAAGGGACAACAUUGUUGUUGGUGGACUAAGCAACUUGAUUAUUGAUGAACAUUCAACUAUGAAGUCAUUGAUGGGCUUCUCUCUCAAAGAAAUAUCAAGCAGGGAACCUUACUUAGCAUUAUCUAUGUUGUUUCUCGGUCUGAGGAUUAUUCUGUUUGUGUUUCCUGAGAUUAUGUUGCGUCUCCAAGCAUUCUGGGCAUCCUAUGUUCCUCGUUUGAACUUGCAAAUAUUUGGCGAGACAAGCCACAUGGUAGGGCGUGUUCUUAACUUAGUUGAUGUGAAGAGGGUUUUGACCAAGCUAAGACUCUGCAAGACCAGGAACUUUCAUGAAAGGGCAAGGAGUGCCCAAGUUUGGGCAUCAUCUCUGGCUUCUGUUUCUCUGGGUGAGUCAUCUUCAUCAGCUAGAUGAUAAUCUCAAAUCUCAAUGUUUGUACUAACCAUGUUGUUAUAGUCAUUUUGAGGGUAGUGAAGAGUUAAUCAGAUAAUAUCUUCAAGUUGCAGUGAAGCUUGGGAACCCGUAACAGUUUCUCUCUCUCUCUCUCUCUCUCUAAUUUUGUUAUUAGUUAAAGACGUGAAAGUUUAUGUUGAAUUUUGGGAGAAAGUGAAG